GGUUCAGUUCAGUUGCUCUCUAAAGUUUGGACUAAUUAAUAUGGCUGAGUACACUGGGCAUCCUACUUCACAGGAAACUACUAGUCGAUCUGAACCUUUUUAUAUACAGUCUAUGAUCUGAACGCACCCGGUGAGUUUGAAGUUUGGGACGAUCUGUUGCUUCUUCAGUUCAAAUCAAAUCUCUUUCGCGCCUGCGUGAGUUUGUCCUACAUUUCCUAGCAACGGUCCUUGGAUACGAGCUGGAGGAAGCGCGCUCUCUGUCAACAACAACAUGGAGCCACAAGAGAGGGUGGUGGCAUCUCCUCAGGUGCCAGCAGAUGAAGAUAUGACUCAGUCUGUCGGACAAACUUCAGUAAACCAACUGGGAGCUCAAGGUCAUAGCCGAGCAAGUCUGGACCAGAGGCGGCCCAGACUGGAAACGGAUAGCUGGGAGAUUCAGCAGCCGUGGGGACACUCUUUGCAGCCAGAAUUUCAGGACAGUAACUUGUCUCCUUCCCUUCCCCUGUUGCCUCUCCACUCUGGAGUGGAACACAUCUUCCCUGAAUAUUCUUUAUUUCAUCAAAGUGACAGUGAAUUUGCCCCUUUAAGGGCGUACCCUGACAUUUCCAUGGCAUCAGAGAGGUUUUACUUUCCACCCCAGGAUCGCACUACUCCGGUCUCAGAGGGUGGUUCACUGUCCCAGCACCCUUUGGCUCAGGCAACCAUCUUCUUGGAAGAAGGAGUGAACAGCUGCUGUUCUCUGUCCCAGCACAGUUUGUCACCAGGGGAGGAAGGCAAACGAAAGGAAACUGUUCCCUCCCCACUAAAUGCCAACACAGACAGACAGGGAGUACCAUCCAGAGAUGGUAUAAAUAGCAGAGAGAAGGACUUAGGGACACUAAGUGACCCUCCAGACAAGCCAGUAGGAGAGGCUGCUGAAGAUGAGACAUUCUUUCUGAGUAAGGACAUUCCUGCCCAGCAUCUUCUGGAGCGCCUUCAGAAAGAUAUUGGCAUGCCAAGCAGCAGCAGCAGCAGCAGUGCUGUUUCCUCUGCCUCUGAAAUCUCUGUGAAGAAUGCUGCAUCUUUUGCAGAAGAGUCUAAACGCACUGAAGUUUGCAAACCAGGCAUUGACCAAAGAAUGGUUAGAAGAGAAGGUCCUCCAGGUGAAGACUCUCUUCCCCAACAGCAGACACAACAACCUGACAGAGAUUUAUACCCUGACAAAUCACGAACAUUGUCAUCUGAGGUCUGUAACAUCACCAUGGGAUCCCGCAGCACUAAACCAGAUGACCGUAGUGAAGUGUUGCAUAGAGAGCUGCUGUCUGAGGUAGAGAGGAGCACCAGCUGUGAAGCUGAAUCUAAAAACCAACAGCGGAAAAGUCCUACACUGCCUGUUCAGUCUUUAACACCGUAUCCCACAGAGACGUCUGAAGGCAAGCCAAGUGUGAAUAGAGCAAAUCUUGUGCCAUGGACAGGGCCGUUUUCUGCAGGUGUUAUACGGGGUCACAGAGAGCAAGACCUCUGGUCCUCAGGGAACCAAACAGGGAUUGAUGGGUCCUACCUAGGUUUCCUUCCACAGUCUCAGUCCACUCCAGGAGUUUUUAAGGCCCCACCCAAAUCCAGUGUCAAGGCUAAAUUAGGGCAACUUUCUGCCAUAGAAUCCAAUAAAGAGAAUUCGUAUCAGUCAAAUAUAGGGGUCUCUCCACAGCCAACUGUUCCUGCGGCUGAUGUCCAUAGCUCGGACACAGCAAAUCAGUGCCAAGAGGAAGCUGCCUCUGCAAAAGUCCAGUCUCUCCCAAGUCUCAACUAUAUGCAGAAAGUAGACGCUUGGAGGGCAAACCAGAGUUCAAGCAAGACGUCACUAUUUGAUAGCUUGGCACUGCAAGGAUUUACUGGCAUCUCUCCUAAAAAGAAAGCUUAUGAUGCCGUAUCUGACUCCCUGAAUCGCAUACUGAGUCAGCAGGCGAGGAGUUUACAACAGCCUCCUGUUUCAAGUGCUGCCGUUCAGAAUGUCUCACAGAGCUCCUCCACGGUUCCCUCUUCUUCAAGAAGAGGGGAGGCGGUGGGCAGUGCACCCUGUGACAAAGAUAACACUGGGUCUGCAUCAAGACCAUCUGCCUCACCAUUUGGCAGGUCACAGUCUCACUCGUCUCUUAUCACGGUUGUCAUGUCGGCCCAGAAAGAUCAGCACACAGAGAGACAUGCAGAAAAGGAGAAGAGUCAGACUCAGAACAAUGGCCACCAUCAGCCAAGCGCCACAGUUCAGUCCUCGCCUCUCGUGAGCCUUGGUCAGUUCAGCGAUGUGUCACUUGAUCGAGAUUUUACACUCUCAAGUUCCCAAGAUAGUUAUAACAGUGGAAUUAAAUUAGGAACUUCAAUUGGAGCUUCUUCUGUUGUCAGCCUAGAGGUCGAUAACUAUGUCCCAUACUGGACUUCAAAACAAUCAACACCGCCACCACUGCCCAGGCCUAGAGAGCUCAACAUUGAAGAACGAAUUCCGUUGUAUCUCCAUAACUUGGGAAUUGACCAGUCCCCCUCAACAAUCUUAACUCCAUUUGCACCGAGAGGGCCAAUCAGAGAGCCUGAAUUCUCUCCCACUGACCUCUGUACAAUUAAAGGAUCUAUUGGAACCCCAACCAAGAGCACCCAGCCCUCUGAAGGUGGCAGUCCCCAUAAAGGAGAGUUUUCCAGGUCCAGCAUUCUGUCAGUGGACUCCAGUAUAUCCAUACCAUUCAGCCUAGACAGUCUUGGUCCAGCUGCAUGUAUCCCAGAGAGGACCAGGUGGGCUUCUCCUUUAUCAGAUACAGAAGCUAUACAGAGUGAACGCAAACUGGCACCCUCCUCCCAGCCUGAUGAAGACGCUUACCCCUCCACACUGCAGAUCAACCAGCAGCAGAGGCUCAGCAGCUUAACCAGCAGCAAGAAUACCAAGCAGCUAGGAGACAGGUUUGACUCUGGCCUCUUGUUAGCUACCAAGGCUAGAUCUGGUGAUAGAGACAUGGAGUCACCCUUGCAAACAAUCCGUAAUAUGGAGGACAGCGCAGAAGCUUCUUUUGUAAGCUCCAAGGUCUUGUUGGAGAUACGUAAACUACUCUCUCAGGCAGAGAACGUGGCAUCUGCUGGGUCUUCAUUGACUUUCUCAGCUGACACUGCAGUACCCCGUAUUCUCUCUGAUGAUGACAUAUUCCUCUCACUGAGGAGGAAAACCAGUGGAAUCCAGGACUCCUCCUCCUCUGCUACUGGAGAUCCCAGAACUCAAUCCUCUCUGCUGUGGGCCAGGUCCUCGUCCGACUCCAUGUUGACCUCAGAGAAACGGAGAGAACGCUCUAUUGAUCGAGAGAGUCUGACUUCAUCAGGGCAACCGAAUUAUCCAUCCAUGCAAGCUCUUGUUACUGCACCGGCUACAGGUGCACACAGUAGGCCACAAGAUAGCACUGUUAGUAAAGGUGCAGGGUCGUCACUUGUCCUCUCCCAGUCAGCCCGGCGGACAGAGCCUGAGGGCUGCAGUGCUGCUCCCCCUGACAACGCUGUCCCUCCACAGCCACCAGUCAUCAAGCCUUCACCAGCUUUGAGCACACAACAGCUCACCUCUACUCCUACAGACAUAGCGGGUGUCACAGAGGAGGAGAAACAGACUACUCAGGAAGGUCCUAUACAGAGUAGCUCCUCCUCACCCAUCCUCGAGGACACCGAUCAGGGAGUGUUGAGUGACGGGAGCAGUGACAGCUCGCUGGCAGUCAGAGUGGCCAAGUUACUGCAGAGUGAAUCUCCGGCCACCAUGGUGUCCAGUACUCCCAGCAUCACCGACCAAGAGGAGAGCAAAGCCAGAGAGUGGAUUAAGCUGAAGCUAUCAGGACAGCAGUGUGAGUCCCUGGAGUUGGACAAAGAAGACAGAAGGCGUAUUGAAGAGAUCAAGAGAGAGCUGCUGUUAAAAAACCCCAUAAAGAGUCACGGGAGCACAGAUACAGAGAGCAGUUCAGCAUCCAGUGUCAGAGUGCCAAGGCGGCAGGAUCUGCCUCAGCAAACAGACACAUUCUCUUCCCUCUGUGAUGUUAACAACCAGCCAUCCCAGCCGCUGCAGGGCCUUAGUACAGAUCUCUCCAACUCCAGCGUGCAGCUUCAAAACCCUCUUCGCCCAGAUCUAGAGACUCAAGUACGUGAGAUCGCUGCCAGAGAAGGGGUAACCCUCCCUAGGACAAACCCUCUGGCCCUCACAUCUAUCACCAUCGCCACCCGCAGGCGCUCCACGUCCCCCUCUCCCUCUCCCUCUAUGUCGACUGCGCCUCCCAUCAGUCCAGGAUCAGAGCCACUCCACCUGACUGAGCUCUCCACAGGAGCAGUGCAACGCCCUAAAACUAACAGGCAGCUACCCCCUACCAUGGAUGAAGAAAAUAAGACAACCAGGGAGCCAGCCUUAGUGUUUGAGCCAAGCAGUAGUCUCUACACCAGAAACCAAAACCUCACAUCUCAGUCAGCACCAGGGAAUCAGAAGAGGCAAGAUGCUGUAGGAGGCCAGUUUAAAGAACCUCCCCCACCAUCUCAGGGUUUAGUUAGGGUGGGUGUAACUACUCAAGAUGAAAACACACAGUCUUUCAGGCGAGAUGACGAGUUAUCUGUCCAGGACAGCUCUGUUUCUGGUGUUGGUCAUGAAGCUGAACAGGCCACAGGUUCGUCCACCUCUGAAUCUCCAGCUGGGACCGGUCACGUCUCACAUGUCCAUCUCACUCUGUCCCACAAAGCCACUGAUCACAGGUUGGCCACUGUUGUCCACUCCAAUCAUGCUGAUGCCACCACUGGGCUGCCACAUAAAGAAUUUGUUCCCCUCCGGCAUUCUUCUUCUGCUGCCAGCAGUCCGGACGAAGGAGUCGGUUUGUCCAGUCCACCAGAGUGGUAUGACACCACAGAACCAAUAAGACAGCGGAGACCUGAAAGAGCCGACACCUCCACCCUGUUCCAUACCGCUGUGCAUCAAAGGAUGACCUCCCCAUCCCCACAAUCCUAUACACCGUGUGAAAGAGGUGUAGUUUCACCAAGACCCUUAACCACUGAAACAGCAGGAGAUGGUGAGAUUAGUAUGGCAGUGAGAAAAACAAUUAAAGCUUAUGGUGUGACAGCAAAAACAGCAGUGCCCGUUCUGUUGCCUUAUAAACCCCGUGGCAGUGAGGAGCUCUUCUACAUCCCUCAAACAGAAGCUGACUUCUCCUCUACCAACCCUUCUGACACCACCAUGGAGAGCUCCCACACAGGAUCAGAUGACGCUGUGCCCCCACGCUUCAGCAAUGAGGUCCUCGGGCAACGAGACCCGGGGUUGGACCGUGGAGUCACCAUCAAACACACAGAGGGCAUCUACAGCAAAAGGUUGAAAACAUCCACCUUUAAAAUGCACCAGCCUGGACACAGAGGUGCCUCUUUAUCAGCAGAUGAAACCUCACAAACAAACGUGACUCGAGCUCCAAAGCCAUCUUCUCAUGUAUCAGUUGAUUUUACCAGAGUGCCUUUAUCGAGCAACCAAGACGCCUCCAAGAGAGACCAGGGGACCAGUGCAGUGCAGUUCCUCAAUUAUCAACCAAAGUCAAGCUGUGAGACAUUUCAGCUAGUAAAUUUGGACAUGGACCACAACAAGGUGAGCUAUCACCUGGACCAAAACUGUGUCCCUCAGACAAGAGGGGACGCUGACUUGCCUCACCCUGCUGCCCAGCAGAGCAGCAGCACUCUGGACCAGCUGUGGCAGAAGUUCUGUGAUCAGUGGAGGCUAGAGGAGUCCCGACCGACCACUGACAGAGAGGCAUCACUGCUGGAGCGACUAGAGCGCCUGUCCCGUCUUAUUCAAAGCACAAGGGCUGCUAACAUGUCCGAGCUACAAGAGGAGGCACACUUUCAUCCAGAAGAAAAGCCAGGAAGGAGGGGAGAAGAUGUUACAGAGAAAGAAAGAAAGAGGCAAAUUGGAGAGGCGAACAGGAGUUUAGGUGGUGAGGUCAGAGAAAUGGAGUGGAAAGUCAGAGGAAGGAGAACAGUUGAAGGUAAACCUCCUAUCCCUCAUCAGGCCUGGACACAGAGGCUUCAGGUAGAUGAAACUUCUCAACCUGAAGACGAGGACAGCCGUGACUCCUUCACCUCCAGCUUCACGCACGACUCCGAGAGUCAACACCUCUGUCCUGCAGACAGAGACGAGUCAGAAACCUUGUCCGCCAUGUCCAGCUCUAUGUCCACUGUGGACACGGCACGGCUGAUCCGAGCCUUCGGAGCUCACAGAGUCCAGCACCUGAAGACGGGCUCCAGCCUCAGUAAACUGUACAGCACCAUCAAUAAGCAGAAAGAAGGAAGGGAACAGAGGAGAGGAAGACACAAAGCCCCGCCUCACAUCAUCACACUGUCAGAGACCACCGGCACUGAUGAUUCCACAGUUGAUGCUGAUUCUGCAUCAUCAACCAGCACUUACACCCUCCCAUCACACCAUGGCCCCACCAGGACUCUGGCAGCCAAGAAGGCUGUUAAACUGGUCAGCAAAGGCAUCCAGGCAGGUGACCUGGAGCUUGUUAGUAAUGGGACUCGACGCCACACCAGAGAUGUUGGGACCACAUUCCCUUCACCCGGUGAAGCCAGAACAUCCAGGCAGAUCUCAUCUUCCUCAUCCAGCUUAGAGAGAGGAAGAGGAGGGCAGAGGAGCCCCUCUAAGACGCAGGGGUUACAGAAACAAAGAAGGAGCAAGAAAAGCCCGUCAAAGACCCAAACUGAAGGUGUUUCAUGGUUCAUAUCUGCUGACGACCUGAGGUCGGAGGCGAGGAAGGAAAACCGUCCAGAGGAAGAAGAGUCGUCAUGGAGGCCGAACACUGCCUGGUUUGAACCGUACAGCAGAAUCAAUCCAUGGAGAGAACCGCUUAUACAGAGACAAGUCCACGAAGACAGAAACAAACAGACCAGUUUUGUACCUCAUGCUGAACCUGAUUUAGAUUCAAGAAGCAAAACAAAGUCCUCUGGUCUGGCACGUAUCUCUCUCCAGGAAGCUCUGGAGAUGCGUCGUCCAGAGUUCAUCUCUCACUCCAGGCAGAGGGUGAGGCGCUUGGCUCUGCAGGUGGAGGAGAGGAAGCUGCAGGAAAUCCUCAGCAGAGAGAGAGACGAACUCUUCAGCCAGCCUGGAGGACCAGAGAGGCUGCCAAGGCCUGCAGGCACCGCUCUGCUGAGGAGAGCUGUUCCCAGGAAGGAGAUGAUACAGAGGUCCAAACAGAUUUAUGACAAUCUGCCAGAGGUGCAGAGGAGGAAGGAAGAGGAAAGAAGAAAAGCAGAGUAUCGAUCUUACCGGCUGAACGCUCAACUCUACAACAAGAGAAUCACCAGCCGAGUCCUGGGCAGACUAACAGCAUGGCAGUGAUCAAACAGACCAGUGAAACUUUUUACUGUAGAUGAAAUCAAUGAUGUGACAACAUAUUUACAAUUUUAAUAACAUUACGAACAAAACUACCUAACUUAACUAAAAACUAGCUUUAAUUUAUGUGACCAUUUUUUUAGUUGCUAUUUGAAAGAUUAUGUGGAAAAGUAGAAUUCUGCUUUUUACUUUUUCCUACUUAAAGACCAGUGGAAUGUUUUAAUUGGUUAAAAUUUGAAAGGAUGUUUUAAUGUAAAAAAAAAUAAACCACAUUUUGCAGAUUCUUUAA